CUGUGCUCAAGAGGUACAGAUCAAACAAAAAUGUCUCAUCUUCACACACAAGUUAAACAAGGAAAGCAACACGUCAACAGCCAUGAAAAACAUGAAACGAUUGAACAAUCGGUUUGUUCUGUGUGUAAUAAUAGAAGACCAAAAUUUGAGUGGAAGAGAGACUUCACAUAUGCUGAACUGCAUGCAGCCACACGUGGUUUUUCCCCCACGAACUAUCUGUCAGAAGGAGGGUUUGGUGCUGUCUUCAAAGGGGAGUUUUGCGGUCACAAGAUUGCUGUUAAGCAACACAAGUGUGAAAACCACAAAGGAGAGAAGGAAUUCAAGUCUGAAGUUGAUGCACUCAGCAAAGCAAGACAUGAGAAUGUGGUCAUGCUGUUAGGAUCAUGCACCGAAGGAAACAAUAGACUUCUUGUUUAUGAAUAUGUGUGCAAUGGUUCAUUGAACCAACAUUUAUCAGAACAUUCUCGUAAACUUCUUAGUUGGCAAGACAGGCUGAAAGUGGCUGAUGGUGCUGCCAAAGGGUUGCUAUACCUGCACGAGAACAACAUCAUACACAGAGAUAUGACACCAAACAACAUUCUUCUUACACAUGAUAAUAAAGUACUGCUAGGCGAUUUUGGUUUGGCUAGAACUUUAAUUGAAGACUCCUCAUACUCCACGGACUGUGUUGGGAAUCUGGCUUAUAUGGCACCAGAAUAUGCGGAAUUUGGAAAAGUUUCAAUGAAGACAGAUGUGUAUUCUUUUGGGGUGGUUCUACUACAGCUAAUUACUGGAUUGAGGACCACAGACAAACGAGUUGGAGAAAAGGGUCUAGUGGGAUGGGCAAGACCACUACUAAGAGAAGGGAAAUGCCAAUCUCUUAUUGAUGGAAGGAUGAUCAAUUCUCAUGACUGCCAUCAACUCUAUUGGAUGAGUCGUCUAGCUGAAAAUUGUCUUCUGAGGGACCCUCAUAAGCGAUUGCAUAUGAGUAGAGUAAGUCUGUAG